GUAAUGGAGUGCACGUCAUUCUCUGCCAUCAUCAAUCCAUGUAAUAGGCUGAUCACAUCUACACCAAGAAAUUCCUCUAACAUGACAUUACAUUACCAACCUUUUUUCCAAUUUCUUUUCUUUACAUAACUAUUUUAUACCAACAUGAUGUUAAAGAUAAAGAUUGUGCAAACAAUAGUGGCAUGUUUAACGUUUUUGUUGGGGUUAUUGAUCAACCUACUGUUGAAGCUGCAGCAGAAGCAAAACCAAAAGCCUCAUCGUCCUCCUUCUCAGAAGCUGCAGAUGAUGUUGAUGAUGAUAAGAUCUGAAUUAGAUUCUGAUGAUGACAGGUAUGAGGUUGAUGAUGAGAGGUAUGGCCUGAGCUGGAGGUUGGCCGUGGAAACAAAUAAUAAUGUGCGUCCGUGGAAGACGGUCCCACUUCGUUGCUAUAAACAUGUUGAGAAUUACAUGAUUGGUGGACAAUACGAACUUGACAUGAACAUCAUCGUAGACCAAAUUGUUUUCUAUGCAAAAUCACAGAUUCCUCUUCCUAGUAAUAAAGAUGCUUGGAUAUUCGACGUCGAUGAUACAUGUAUCUCUAAUAUUCCUUAUUACAAAGCCAAUCGAUUCGGAUGCGAGCCGUUUGAUUCGACCAUGUUUAAGGCAUGGAUUAAUAAGGGAAUGUGUCCUGCAAAUGCUGUGGUACUAAGAUUGUUUAAAACGUUGAUACAGAAAGGAUUUAAAGUGUUCUUAGUAACAGGUAGAUAUGAAGAAACCCUUGCUAAAAUCACUAUGGACAAUUUACAUAACCAAGGAUUCAUCGGAUACCAACGCCUUAUUUUGAGGAGAGCUGAAUACAAAGGAGUGAGUGCAGUGAAAUACAAGUCAUCCAUUAGAAAAGAGAUAGAAAAUGAAGGUUAUAGAAUAUGGGGAAAUGUUGGAGACCAAUGGACUGAUUUACAAGGAGAUUCUUUGGGCAAUCGUACUUUCAAACUCCCCAAUCCUAUGUAUUGCAUUUCUUAAGAGACAAACCAAAUCAUCAAUCAUGCUUUAUUUCACAUACAAAACUUAUUAUUAUUAUUAUUGCUAUUACUAUUUGAGCCCCUGGUACCUACCAGGAUGAUAUGAAUGGAAGUAAAACAAUAUUAAAAACACAUAUUUUGAUUCAA